AUGCCAGAAAAGUAUGUGGUUUCAUGGACGGUGAUGUUAGAUGGAUUGAUCCGUGAGCGUAGAAUUGAUGAGGAUAAGAGACUUUAUAGUAUGUUAGGUAGGCUAUGUCUGGAGGGUCGGUUGGAUGAGGCACGGGAGAUUUUUGACAGUACACUGCAGAAAUAUGGUUUGUCGGACUACAAUAAUCUCAUCUCAGGUUGUGCUAAGAAUGGGAAGGUGGAUGUUGUGAGGAAACUUCUCGAGGUGAUGCCUGGAAAGAAUGAGGUCAAUUGGACGGCAAUGGUUAUGGGGCACACGCAGUGUGGGAGGACUCGUGAGCUUUUUGAUGCUAUGCCAGUUAAACCUGUUUUUGCUUGUAAUGUGAUGACACAAGGAAUUAGGCUGCAUUUCCCUUCAUUAAUCAGCAUUCUUUCUGUUUGUGGUUAUGCACAACACGGUUUGGGAAGAGAGACUCUACAAGUGUCUCAGGAGAUGUGUUCUUCAGGCAUUGCUGUAAAUGACGUUACUUUGUUGGAGUUCUCUCGGCCUGUAGUUAUUCUUGACUAG